GGGCCCAGCUUGGGUCUCCUAGCCACACGUUGUGUCCUGGGGCUCCUUCAGGCCCAGCUCGAGGCUUGGCUGAGCCCGGGUUGGGUGCUGGCUCCAGGUGCACUGCGGCUGAACCAGGCAGCCCUGGCCCAGAGCUCCGGCCGCCAGCUGAGGCUGCUGCCCCAGCAGAGGUACCUGCGGACAGAGAGGGCCGAGGUGAGCGCCCUGGAAAGGAAGAGGAACGUCCUGUGCUGCCUCAUCACCCGCAUCCUCAAGCUGGAGAAGCAGCUGCACAUCGACAACCUGGUGUUCAGGGUGAUCGAUGCCUGUCAGAAGGGCGAGUUGGGGCCAGGGGUGCAGUUCCUGAGCUUCUGCUGCCACAGUGUGGACGUGCUGUCCUGCAUCCUGCACCUGCUGAACCAGGGCUAUCUCCGGCGCCAGGAGGGGAGGCCUCAUGUCUUGGAAUACAUCUCUGCUGAAGCCACAGCACCUCUUGGUGGCCAAGCACAGAUGACUUUCCAGUGCAGGCCAGCCCAUGUAUCUCUGGAGGAGGACAGCAGAGACAGCCUGCAUUGGCGGAAUCCUGGCACAGACAGGGUGGAAGAAUAUCUCAUGGCAAUGCUGCAGGUGCCAAUGGGGCACACACUCAGUCCAGAGGAGGCAAAGCUGCUCAUGAACCAGACAGUACAGCAGGUCCAGGAUACUCUGAGCAUACCGGAUGAUGUUGCUCGGCACCUCCUCAUGCACUGUAGGUGGAAUGUGGAUUUCCUGAUCCAGUGCUAUGUGGAGAACCGUGAGGCCCUGUUCAUCUCCUCAGGGCUGCAAGUGCAGAAUGUCCAGCCUCCCCCAAGUCCUGGAGUGCACUGCCCAGUGUGUGUGAACCAGCUGUGUCCCACUGAGAAGCCACCAACCCUUUGCUGCAUGCACUACUGUUGCAAGCCCUGUUGGAGGGAAUAUCUCACAACUCGCAUUGAGCAGAAUAUGGUUGUCAACUGCACCUGUCCCAUAUCCGAGUGCCGUGCUCAGCCGACCACUGCCUUCAUCUACUCCAUCGUGUCCUCCGAGGAGGUUAUAGCCAAGUACGAAAAAGCCCUCCUCAGACGCUAUGUUGAGUGUUGCUCCAACCUGACAUGGUGCACCAACCCUCAGGGCUGUGAUCAGAUCCUCCUUAAGGAUGGACUUGGUUAUGGAGCAGCCUGUUCCAAGUGCUCCUGGAUAUCCUGCUUCAACUGCAACUUCCCAGAGGCCCAUUAUCCUGCCAGCUGCAGCCACAUGUCUCGGUGGGUAGAUGAUGAUGGAUACUAUGAGGGAAUGACAAGUGAAGCCCAAAGCAAACAUCUGGCUAAGCUCAUUUCAAAGCACUGCCCAAACUGCCAGGCUCAGAUAGAGAAAAACGAGGGGUGCCUGCAUAUGACAUGUGCCAAGUGCAAUCAUGGCUUCUGCUGGCGCUGCCUCAAGCCCUGGAGGCCGAAUCACAAGGAUUAUUACAACUGCUCUGCUAUGGUGAGUAAAGCAGCUUGGCAGGAGAAGCGUUUCCAGGAUUACAAUGAGAGAUGCACCUUUCAUCAUCAUGCAAGGGAAUUUGCUAUAAGUCUGAGGAACAGUAUUUCUUCCAUCAGAGAGAUGCCAAAAAUUAGGAACUUGACCUUUGUUCUUGAUGCCUGCAAAGUGCUAGAACAGGCACGAAAGGUGCUGGCCUACUCCUGUGUUUACAGCUACUAUAACCAGGACACUGAGAGCAUGGAUAUUGUGGAACAGCAGACUGAGAGUCUGGAGCUGCUCACUAAUGCUCUGCAGAUCCUUCUGGAGGAAACCCUGCUGCAGUACCAGGACUUGGCCACUUCCCUUCAGCUCCUGAAAGCAGAGCAUUUCCGCGUGGGUUUGGAGUUGGUGCGGCAGAUCAAGGAGCGUCUCUUUGCAAUUCUCUGGCACUCCACACAGGAUUUCCAUGUUGGGCUCCAGACUUCAGAAGAUGCUGUUCAGAGAAAGCUGAAACUCGCAAAUGUGCCUGCUUCAGCCCUUGCAUGUACAGGGCAAAAGCGUAUCAUCCUGUGUGACUCCCCCAACACAGAUGAAGGUGGCAAGGAGGUUGAAGAUGAGGAGUAUGAUCCACAGUGGCAGGAAGACUAUGAUGACGAUGAUGACCUUGAUGAAGACAACUUUAUGAUUGAUAAUGAGUCAGAUUGUGAUUCUUACUUUGAUGAUGAUGAUAGCUAUCGUAGCUAACACUAGAAGUAUUCUGUCACCUAGCCUGCUGCCUUGGACCUCUGCCUCUACUUAGUCUCAACCAGUUUGUGUUAAUGUUUUUCCUCAAAGGCAGGGAGGAGCUCUCAGGUGGAACAAAACAUUUCCUCUGGGAGGUUUCUUGCUCAGUGACUCUUGAAUGUGCAAGAACAUGCUCUGGGCAGUUGGUCUGUGUUACUGUGGCCACCUCCUUUAGAAAGACAUCUCCUUGCCUUUUUCCCUUUUCUCCAGUUCUACCUAUAGAUAUUUAAUUGAGUUAGAAAGUCACAGCCCACCUGCAGAGUGAGGACCACUCGCCACCUUGUCCUUGGUGUGCUCUCCCCAAGGGCUGGGCACAGGGGAGGGUGGCACAUGUCCCAGCAUGGCACUGUCUAGCAAUGGCCAGUGUCUAGAAAUGCUGUAAAAACCUGCAUUUACACUCAAAGCCUCCCAGCUGGAGCUGGUGGGAUACUCUCUAGCCACAGAUGGAUGUGGUUUGGUUCCUCUGGUUGAGAGGGGCUGCAUUUUUGCCCUUUGUUGUAGUUCUCUGUUGUGAAGCAGGAAGGGCUACUAUGAGUGAUACAAGUUUGCAGGAUUGUUUAAGUUUAUAAAUAUAUGCACACACAUAUAUUUUCUAUACAUAUAUAUAUAUGCAGAGGUUGUUCAGAUAAUAUGUAUCUUUACAAAAAAAUAUGAAAACCCUAAGGAGCAAGGGUUGAAAAAAAGU